AUGUCUGCAGCAGCAUUUCUCUAUGCCUUUCAACAAAAUCUUUUCAAGUACGUCGGUCUUCUACUCAUCGGUAUUGGUACAGCCAGCUGCCUAUUGAACCUCUUGGUAUUCACACAAAGUACACUGCGCAAAAAUCCAUGCACAAUCUAUUUAAUCACACUCAACAGUGUUAAUUUAAUGACUCUCUAUUUUAUACCUCUUCCGACGAUAUUUUUAUCAGGCUAUGGCGUGGAUCUUACUGGAAAUAAUCUUGUCUUCUGCCGAUUUCAAUCCUAUGUAUCUUUUCUGUCGUCAAGUUUGGAAUCAUCAUAUCUUAUUUUGGCUUCUAUCGAUCGAACACUCGUCACUUCAUCGAACGCUCUGACAAGAAAACGAAGCACACGUCGACUAGCUAUCACAAGUAUUAUUUGUGUUGGCUUGUUCUGGGCAAUUCUCCAUGUUCACGCACUGGUUUACACGCAAAUUAUCCAAUAUGCACCUGGCUAUUCUGUCUGUUACUUUACACCAGGUGCAUAUAACACGUUUAUCACCUACUACGGGUUGUCAAUCAAUGGAGUUAUUCCACCUCUGUUCAUGCUUAUUCUGGGCUGCUGGACAGUGAAGAAUAUUCGCAAAGUGCGUCAUGUCACACAACAUUCUGCCUCAACACAUUCAGUUGUUGUCGUGGUCGGCAGACCACGAAUCCUUGAAUCAAAGGAUCGACAACUAAUUCGAAUGUUGCUCGUGGAAAUCGCCACUUACAUUCUGUAUAUUGCAGUUGCAAAUUAUGGUACUCAUACGAUUGGAAUCUUUUAUGGCUUUGAUAAUGGAUCUUUCGAAGAUCAAAUUGAACUCUCAACAGGUAUUUCACGACCAAUAUCAAUUCAUUUAGUUGAUUUAAAUAAGGAUACAUUUAUUGAUAUUAUUAUUAUUAAUUAUGGGACAAAUAGUUUUAGUGUUUUUUAUGGAAAUGAAAUAUUCAUAAAACCAACAUUCUAUACGAUUAAUUCUGUAUCACCAUAUUCGAUCAAUGUUGGUGAUUUCAAUCAAGAUACACGAUUGGAUAUUGCUGUAGCUCUUUCUGGUUCUAAUCAAGUUUGA